AGCAUUUAGGUUAGAAAGCUCAGAGGCAUCGCGUUGCGAGUUGAAGCAGUGAGCUGAGGGAAGAAACAACCGGCAAUGACUCGCCUGAGCUCCGACCAGGUAUUGAAGGAACACAACGGCGGCGAUCCAAGCUCCGUCACCAGUCUUCAGCUCACUUUCAAAGCUCUUUGCGAUGUGUCAUGCUUGGCCAUCUUCAGUAACUUGGAAAAGCUUGACCUCAAGUUCAACAAUCUCACUUCACUUGAGGGGUUGAAGUCAUGUGUUAAUUUGAAGUGGUUAUCAGUUGUAGAAAACAAAUUAGAAAGCUUAGAAGGGAUUCAAGGACUUACUAAGCUCACUGUGCUUAAUGCAGGCAAAAACAAGCUUAAAUCUAUUGAUCAGGUCAGCUCCCUUGUUGGACUCCGGGCACUGAUUUUGAAUGAUAACGAGAUUACCUCCAUUUGCAAAUUUGAUCAGUUGAAAGAAUUGAAUACUCUUGUUCUAUCCAAAAAUCCUAUCCGUAAAAUUGGUGAGGCUCUGAUGAAGGUGAAAUCUAUCACAAAGCUUUCCCUCUCUUAUUGUGAGCUUCAGGGUAUUAACACAUCACUCAAAUCUUGUGUUGAGUUGAUAGAGCUCCGCCUUGCUCACAAUGAAAUUAAGACUCUCCCGGAUGAAUUAAUCCACAAUUCAAAGCUCCAGAAUUUAGAUUUGGGGAAUAAUGUGAUCACUACGUGGUCAGAAGUAAAGGUGCUGAAAUCACUCACGAACCUAAAAAAUCUCAAUCUACAAGGAAAUCCUGUUGCCUCAAGUGAUAAAAUUACAAGAAAGAUUAAGAAAGCACUGCCGAAACUACAGAUAUUCAAUGCUAGACCAGUACAUAAAGAUGCCAAGAAUGAAAAAGGUGACACAGUUGAUGGUGAUCAUGAUUUUUCAGCAGCAGAUCGUGUGGGUCAAAAUUUGAGAGAUAGCACCAAAGAAAAGAAGAGUCAAAAUGAGGAUGAUCAUCCUAAAACUGCUGAUGAUCCUGACUUGGGGAGAAAGUCUAGUAAGAAAAGAAAGAAAACUGUUGUUGAUGAAGAAGAUACAGGUCAUAACAAGGAUAGUGCUGAUGGAAAGAAAGACAGUCUUAUAGGUGCCGUUGAUCCUGACACACUGAAGAAAUCAUCUAAGAAAAAGCUAACAAAGGAUGACAAGCCCUUGGACAAGGGUUUGGCUCUUGAGGAGAAUGUCAAUAUGAUUGAGAAGAAAAGGAAGAAGAAACAAAAGAAUGAGGAACCAAGUGAGCUUGAUGUUAUUGAUGAUGCAGAAACUUCAUUUGUAGAGCUAUUUAACAUCAAGGGUGCAGAAAAUCUGAACCAUGGUGGGGAAAAGAAACCCAAAGAUGUCAAAUUGGUGGAUAGCACAAUAACCUCAUUUUCGAAGCACAAGAGUGCUAAAACACCAAACUUGGGGUCUCUAUCAUCUCCGGUGACAGAAAUUGGAAUGGGAGGGGCAUCAACAUGGGGUGAUGAGAUAAACUGAUAAUAUCUGAAGAUAUGCUGAUGCUUCAAAAAGCAGACUAAUUUUGGUGAAGUGUUGCUCUCAAUUGCACUUAUUCUCUGCAUUAGGUGCAGUUGGUAAAACUUUUGAAAUUUUGUACCAUCUCUUUUGCAUAUUUUACAUGACUGAUGUGAAAUUCAGUUAGUAAUGUUGUGUUACUUUUUCAAUUGGAACUGCUUGUGCAAAGCGGUGGACAACCACAAAAACUAAAGAAAGUUACUUCUAUCCGCUGUGAUUUUGGGUUAA